CUUCAAUCUGAAUGAAUAACUCCAACAAAUAAUGACGAAAAAGAAGAAAAGGAGAGGAUGAAAAGUUUCUAAUAUUCAUUUUUCAACAGCUAGAAACCCUUCUCUCCCUCCACCCACUCCACGAUAUGGUCAGGUCUACCCCCAUAUCCCACUAAGAUUUGAAUUAUUAGUUAAGUGACUAACACCAAUGGUGUUAUUGGUUCAUCAUUUUCUAUAUAAAACCAUCCCACAAAACAUUCUUCCCACCUCAGCAGAACUCCACCAUUAAUGGUAGCUGAGCUGACAUUCUCCUUCUUUCUUGAACGCACAGCACACAAGCUUGUCAGAGGGUCAGAGUUGUUGGGAUCAUGAUGAAGAACAGUCUUGAAAGAAGUCUCCUGAAGAUAUGGAUGAAGAUUGUCUGAGAUGGGAAGCCAUGUUCUAGGCAUAGCAAAGCAGGUCAUAGUGAUGGCGAUAGUGAUUUCAGUGAUCUUGUUGUUCUUGGGAAUCGGGGUUCUGAUCCUGAUCCAUGUCUGUAUUGUUGGGAGGACUCUGAGGAGAGGGUUGAGUGAAAGAAACGUUAACAUGGUGGGGAGGGGCAGUUUUGGGAGCACGAGCAUGUCGCAGGACGACAUCGAGAAGCUGCCAUGUUUUGAUUUCACGGCCAAGGAGAAGGGGACUGGGACGGGGAUGAGCCCUCCUCCAGAUUGCGCGGUGUGUUUGGAGAAUUUCAGGGUUGGGGAGAAGUGCAGGCUUUUGCCUUCUUGCAACCACAGUUUUCACGCCGAAUGCGUGGAUUUAUGGCUUCUGAGGACUCCCAUUUGCCCGAUUUGCAGGGCUGCUGCUGAUAUCAUGAGGAGUGGAUCAUUACAUGAGGAAGAAAGCGGUAGUUUUGGUGAAAGUGCGGUUGAACUGAGGGAUAUACAAAUGACAGAAACUAUGAACGAAGUUGGAAACGAGAUUGAGAUUCAGAUUGCUGGGGUUCAAGAAGAAGAAAGUGGGCAUUUGAAUGGUGAUGAAGUGGGAUUGAACCAAUCAGGUACACGAGAAAGUCUGAAUUUAAGUGAGAGAGUGAUUGAGGUGAGAGAGAGGCAAGAAUUGGGAACAGGCCAUUUAAGUGGAGAUGGGAAUUGAUGUUUGAGAUCAGGGGGAAGUGUGGAUCAACGGACAGAUUUGCUUAUUGAAAUCUGUAUUAUUCUGAUUCGUUGGAUUUCUCGCUUUUUUCAGUUGGAUACUGCAUAGUUAUUUCGACGUACUAGGUUGUGUUUUAGCUAUUUAUCACUACUUUUCUGUAGUUAAUAUCAGUUGUCAGUGUUUUUCCCCUCUCUAAUUCAAUGAGAUUUUCGUUUUU